UGUUGCAGAUAAGUGUUGUUUUCAGAGCGCUCGUGGACAAAACAGCAUGGAAUCUCCCGCCUCCCUACUAUAAAGCUCGGCUCGCCCCAUCACUUUCAUUAUCGUCUCAGUGCCGAAAGUGGUCGAGCGUGCGGACGAGCGAGCGAGCUCUCUCGAACUGUCUCUUCUCCGUUCUCUCUUCUCUGCAUCGACCUCGAGCUAGGUGUCGACAGCGGCAAUGGCGGUGUCGGGGGUGAGGAGGAUCAAGCUGGGGUCGCAGGGUCUCGAGGUCUCGGCGCAGGGGCUGGGCUGCCUGGGCAUGUCCCGCAUCUCCGGCACUUCCUUGUCGGAGUCCGACAUGAUCGCACUCAUCCACCAUGCCGUCGACUCCGGCGUCACCUUCCUCGACACCUCCGACAUGUACGGCCCCCACACCAACGAGAUCCUCCUCGGGAAGGCACUGAAGGGAGGAGUGAGACAGAAGGUGGAAUUGGCUACCAAGUUUGGAUAUUGCUUUGCGGGCGGGAAGAUGGACGUCCGGGGCGACCCGGCGUACGUGAGGGCGGCUUGUGAGGCCAGCUUGAAGUGGCUCGACGUCGAUUGCAUCGACCUCUACUACCAACACCGUGUUGACACUCGGGUCCCCAUUGAAGUCACUAUUGGGGAGCUAAAGAAACUCGUUGAAGAGGGUAAAAUCAAGUACAUCGGGUUAUCUGAGGCCUCAGCGUCCACAAUCAGAAGAGCACAUGCUGUUCAUCCCAUCACAGCAGUGCAAUUGGAGUGGUCGCUGUGGACAAGAGAUGUGGAGGCAGAGAUCGUUCCCACAUGCAGGGAGCUUGGCAUUGGAAUUGUUGCCUAUAGUCCUUUAGGACGAGGAUUCUUUUCAGUUGGUUCCAAGUUAGCGGAGAGUUUCUCUGAAAAUGACUUCAGACGGUGUUCCUGCAUUUACUCACCACAACAAAAUGGAGUGGUUGAAAGAAAGCAUCGCCAUCUACUGGAAGUGGCUCGUGCCUUGAAAUUUCAAGCAUCAAUUCCAGAAAGAUAUUGGGGUGACUGUGUCACCAUAGCAGCUUAUCUUAUUAAUAGAAUGCCUACUCGGAUUCUUAAUGGACAGAUGCCAUUCGAGCUGUUAUUUGGGAAGAAACCGGACUUGAAUCAUCUCAAGAUCUUCGGAUGUCUCUGCUAUGCUGCAAUCAUGGGGCCUCGAGAUAAAAUGAGCCCAUGUGCGCGGCGAUGCGUCUUUAUGGGAUAUCCCAAUCUCCAGAAGGGGUAUCGGGUGCUUGAGAUUUCCACAGGAGAAUUCAUAGUAAGUCGUGAUGUCAUUUUCCAUGAAACUACUUUUCCAUUUUAUGAAGGGGAAUCUUCACAUGGAGAUCCAAAGAUAACUUCCAGCCAUCAUAAUUUUCUCAAUGAUGAAGCACCAUACCGGGAUCUUUCCUAUGUACCAAUAGUACAGCCGAGGAAUCCUAUUCUUCCUACAGUCCCAGUUCUACAAGAUUCUAAUGGAAAUUCGAAUUCUUCAGAACAUAUUCAGGGAGAUAUCUUGGAGGAACCCAUUGCUGAUGCAGAAGUUGAUGACACUACAACAACUUCAUUACCAGCAACAUCACAGCCCACCACCGAAGCUGGACAUCCUAGGAGGUCUGAACGAGCUACAAGACCACCAAUCUGGACGAAAGAUUAUGUCUGUACUACUCACAACUCUCCAAGUAUUCAGUAUCCAGUCUCUUCAUAUGUUUCCUUUGAUAGAUUGUCUCAAGAACAUAGAUGUUGUAUUAGUCGAUUGUUUGAAGAGAAAGAACCGUCCAGUUAUAAAGAAGCCUCCAAUAACCCAAAAUGGCAAGAGACCAUGAAGGCAGAAUUGAAGGCCCUUACUGAUAAUCAUACAUGGGAUCUUGUUCCAUUACCAGCUCAUCGUAAACCAACUGGAUGCAAAUGGGUUUACAAAAUCAAGUAUCGGGCUGAUGGCUCCAUUGAACGGUACAAGGCAAGAUUGGUAGCUAAGGGGUUCACCCAAAGAGAAGGUUUUGACUACCACGAGACGUUCUCACCAGUUGCCAAAGAUGUUACAGUCCGUUCAUUCUUAGCUGUUGCUGCCAUCAAUGACUGGCACCUACACCAGAUGGAUGUCCAUAAUGCUUUUCUCCAUGGCAAUCUAGAUGAAGAGAUCUACAUGAAUAUUCCUCAAGGCAUACAGAGACAGGGGGAUAAUAAGGUGUGUCGUCUCCGUAAAUCCCUUUAUGGAUUAAAACAGGCAUCCAGACAAUGGUAUGCUAAAUUUGCCAGUGCUCUUACAACAGCAGGCUUCAAGCAAUCCAAGCAUGAUUAUGCUUUGUUCUAAAAAACUAAAGGUAUGUCAUCUAUCUAUUUGAUGAUUUAUGUCGAUGACAUACUUGUUAUGGGAAAUGAUAGAGCCUCUAUAGAGAAUUUCAAGGAAUAUUUUCAUGCUACCUUCCAUAUUAAAGACUUAGGAGCACCAAAAUAUUUCAUUGGAAUCGAAGUUGCUCGAUCUGACAAGGGAAUUUCCCUUAGUCAGCGGAAGUUCAUUCUAGAAAUCAUAUCAGAAGUAGGUCUAUCAGGAUGCAAGCUAGCUGUAAUUCCUAUAGAGCAAAACACUAAGUUGACCAUCGCAGACUAUGAUAAGGGAAUAUUUCGAAAUGAUGAUUCCUUACUCAGUGAUCCGUCAGGCUAUCAAAGACUUGUUGGGAAACUUAUAUACCUGACAAUGACUAGACCUGAUAUCUCAUAUGCGGUUCAGACACUUAGCCAGUUUAUGCAUCAACCAAAGCGUUCUCAUUUGGAUGCAGCCUUAAAGGUCGUUAAAUAUCUCAAGAAAUGUCCGGGGCUAGGGAUACUUCUCUCUAAGGAAUGUGACAUGAGGAUGACAGCAUAUUGUGAUGCAGACUAUGCAACAUGUCCGAUUAGUCGAAGAUCUGUUACUGGAUAUUGCAUUAAAUUGGGAGGAUCUCUUCUAUCUUGGAAAACCAAGAAACAAGCUACUGUGUCUCUGUCCUCAGCCGAAGCAGAAUAUCGAGCUGUGGCCAAGGCCACUUGUCAAGUAGUUUGGAUGCGAGGAUUACUCAAGGAUCUUGGAGUAGAAGUGCAAGGACCCACAAGGUUAUAUUGUGAUAAUGAUACAGCUCUUAAACUUGCAACUAAUCCUAUAGUACAUGAAAGAACCAAGCAUAUAGAAGUGGAUUGUCACUUCACACGGGAAAAGAUCCAGGAAGGAGUAAUUGAGACGAGGAAUUUGGACAACGGAGCAACCAGUAGACUUGUUCACCAAGCCCCUAUGUCAGAGGCAACAUGCAUAUCUAUUAAAAAAGCUAGGCGUCUUGGACAUCUACAAGCCACCAGCUUGAGGGGGAGUGUUGGAAGAUAUGUGGAUUGCCUGAUUUGAUUUGAUCUUAAUUGAUCAUGAUUAAUCACGAUCUUCAUGUAUAUGUAAAUUAAAAAUUAGAUCUAGAUCUAGAUUGAUAGUCCAGAUCAUCUACUUCCUUAUUCAAGAUAGAGCUUGUAUUAUAUCUCUGCA